AGGUCGCUUCUAGUUCAUCCACAAAUGCAGCUCCCAGUACCCAAACUUGCUUACGCUCGACGCAUGUUUUGAAGUACUUCAGGUCUACGCAGCCAAAGAUGUUGGGAAAGCGUUCGUCGGACCAAACGGGGACCAUCCCCUGCGGGGGCUUUCCAACCCUCACAGACAAGGGCUGUUUAGAUACUAACUAUCAAAUUUGGUUCGAAAACCCCGACGACUAUGACUUUGGUUUGGACUCAUAUUGGGGAUCUGGCGACGCUCUGUAUGAGCAGGGUAUGCUGGAUCACUGCUUCGCAUUCUUUACGAAAUUGUUGGGAAAUGUGCUGGUGGCGCUUCGAUUCGUAUUGUCCACCAAGGAGGUGCAACGCCUUUACCUGGUCCUUUGGGAGCUGCUCAAGAACCUGCUGAUGCUACAAGCUAGCAGCGCAGGUAACCUUCUGCAGUUGCAUGUGUUAAACCAAGACCAGACUGCAGAGCAAGUCGCAGACUCAGACGCCGACGAGGACGACGAUGACGUGGGCAAUCUCGGCAUGUUCGUGGUGAUGCGCUCGCCCGGGGCCAAGGAAAAAACAUUUAAUAGCCUCGAGGAUGCACUCAAUCAGGGGAGCAAGCCAGUCCUAGUUGUUAAAGUCAAACACAGUAUUCAGGAUUCCACGGAGGCGGUGUGGCAGCCGUUAGCUUGUGCGCUGGAGCUUGCAGACUAUACGGAGACGGACCAGCCCGUUUGGGUCUUGGUCACCGACUUGGAAAAGUGGCACUUUUAUCAAGUGCGGCGGGUGAAGAGGAGACCAGCACGGGCAGAGGGCUACGGCUCCCACGUAUCCAAGUUCCUAUACACAGCGGAGCGCAAAGGGGGAUUCAAGGCCGACUUUCGGCGUCCGGUCACAGGAGAUGCUGGCCUUACGCGGCUGCUGGUGUACAUGUACCGUAUCCUAUACCCCGGCAAGGACAUCGAGGUGCUUAAGCAAGACUACGAGCAGAGUACGAAGGCCAUUCAGGAGGAGUCGAAGGAAUGGUUCGCGUCUGCCAAGGCGGCUGCGGACCUUGGGGCCGCGAUGGCAGCGGAGAAGGCCAGGGCAGAGGCGGAGAAGGCCAGGGCAGAGGCGGAGAAGGCCAGGGCAGAGGCGGCGGAGGCCGAAAUUGCUCGUCUGCGGGCGCAGCUCGACGCCAUUGCGCAGCAGCGGAAGGGCCAGGAAUGAUAUCACGGAGGUGUCUGCUGCUACGAUGAGCCGGGGAGAUGGAGCUCCACACGCCUGCAGCGACCUAUACCUGCGCUGCAUUUGUCGAUUGGUGGGCUGCACUGCAUGUAGCUAUCUGGGGUUGCUCCAGAUGUAACAGACGGGGGCAAAAAACAAGAAUGGAAAGUGAAGCAACUGGAUUCCCAAUCCCAUAUCCCAACAUGGGACGGGGCCGGGGUGAUGAUGGCGAGGGACGCACUGUUUGCGCAUGCAUGGAGAGGGAUGUGGAGCUAGUAAAGCCAGGGCAUGAAGUUGCUGUUGCUGUACGCCCUGGCUUGGGCGCUAGGACGUGUUGCUGUGGUUUCUUCUGCCGUGGGGGACCCACAAGGGAUACAGGGGAGCUUGAAUGGCACCGUCCUGCUGGGUCAUAAGCUUGUAACUCGUAAUGGGAUUAACUGCUGCCGGGUGGCCUCCUGCUGUGCACCGGUGGCAUGCUGGUAUUGUUGCAUGCUGUAAGGAUGGUGUUCGUGCGGUUAGUCUUAUGGCGUACCAAGUGACUGAGGAGUUGAACCGGUUAGUCGUGGAGCGAACGGCACUGUCAACCGCCGGCUGAGCUUACAGCCUGUGAAAGGCCCAUCAUCCCUGAACGGCUGCUGCUUUGCACGGUGCUGACGGGGUGUCAAGGAACUAACCAGACCUGUGAACAAUGCUGGGGGCUUUGUUGAUGAAUUCCAAGGUUGCUGUGGCUUUCCAACUUUUGUCCUGACGGCAGCUACCGGUAGUAUCGUGUACUUCUACGUCGGUUCUUCUACGUCGUUGUGCAUCCUCGGUAAUGUUGUGUGAGGUGUGGCGCGCCUGAGGCUGGUGGUAGGCGCGGCAAAUCGGUUUCCUGUCCUGGGAAAUUGAUUGCCUGGGAGCAUGCGAUCUUCGUGUGUUUCCUUCAUUCGCCGGUGGCGGCAAUGCAAGAGGGGAGGUGCUAUUACGUGCUUUCGAUUCCGAAUAGUUCUGCUUGGUAGUGUUUUAGCGACACCAUCAGCAUCACCGACAUGCGUCGUCACCCGCC